AAUAUUAUUAAUAAUGACGUAAUUAUUAAAAUGAAUGGAUGGAAUUAUGGUACAUUAAAAGACAAAGACGAAACAGAAGAAUGGAAUGGGCAAAUGAAUUAUUCAAAAUAUUCAGAUAAUAUAGAUCAGUUCGAAUUCGAAAAUGCAACUCAUUUCGAAAAUACAACAUCUACAAAUGGAACAACUAUAAAAUUAAUAUUACCAGAAAACAAUUCCCACUAUCCAAUUAGAAACACCGCAUCAAUAAAACCAAUAUUUUUAACGAAAAUUGGCGAAACCAAAUAUUUGGGCACGGAUUUCUUCAAUAAAUUACGUCCAGGUGAAAUAUUCAAACCAAUAGCGGAUAAAUUUCAUGAUAUUAUCAAUCAUUUUUAUCCCGUACAACCGGAGCAAACAUUUAAUGAUCAACCCACAUACGCUGAUGAACCAUAUUUUGGUGUUGAAAAUAAUCGUCCACAAUAUUUAAGUGGUCCAGCAUUAUUUUGGGAGAAAUUAAAUCAAAAGAAACAGUAUUUGUUUAGUAAUGCACAUGGUGCUAUUUUUGGUACCGGAUAUUUAUUGAAUACGGAUUAUCCAUUUGCUGUACGAAAAUUAAAGAAAUAA